AUGUCUGACAGCGACGAGAUUGCCCAUGCUAUUGCCGGUGCUGGCGGCGGUGCCCUUUCCAUGAUUGUCACGUACCCGUUGGUCACGUUGUCGACGUUGGCCCAGACCACCAAGAAGAAGAAGGAAGAGGACGCGAAGAAAACGUCUUCUGUGGAAGCUACCAAGCAGAUUUUGAAGGAGAAGGGCGUGCUAGGGUUGUACUCGGGACUUGAGCUGGCGUUGUACGGAAUCACGCUUUCCCAGUUCAUUUACUACUACUUUUAUGAGUUGACACUGAAUGUGUUUUUGAAGGCCAACAGGGCUGGGAAGCUUAAGAGAGGCGGGCUUUCGACGGUUCAGUCAAUUAUCACCGGUGCCAUUGCCGGUGCUAUCACUGUGAUAGGCACAAACCCAUUUUGGGUCGCCAACACUAGAAUGAUGACCAAGGCUAAGGAACACGGUAACCUGAGCGGUUCUACCAUUAAGGCUAUUUUGGAGAUUGUCGAGCAGGACGGCUUGGGAACCCUUUUUGCCGGUGUUUUCCCUGCCUUGGUGUUGGUGAUUAACCCAAUCAUCCAGUACACGAUCUUUGAGCAGAUCAAGAACAUCAUCGUCGCUGCCAACGGUGUUAAAUCGUUUACCGGUAUCAAGGCUUUCUUUAUUGGCGCUUUUGGUAAGCUUGUGGCUACCACUUUGACUUACCCAUACAUCACGUUGAAGUCGAGAAUGCACGUUAAGAAGAAGCAGUUGCUGGAGAAGACUGGCGACGAGGAAGUGAAGCUUUCUAUGGUUCAGGAAAUCCAGAAGAUUGUUUCUGACGAAGGUUUGGAAGGCUUGUACCGUGGUUUGGGUAUUAAGUUGUUCCAGUCCAUCACCACUGCUGCUUUCUUGUUCUACUUCAAGGAAGAGUUGUUGACUGGUUCCGUCAAGCUCGUGCUGAUUCUCCGUGGCACUCAGGUUAGAAAGACUCUUCGCUAG